AUGCAAGUUCAGUACAGGUUCGAUGUGAAGUCCAAGCAGAUGGUGGCAACAUGGCACCGCGACGAUCACUACCCCGGGGAGCUCAUGGCAGUGCCAAGGCCAGGUGCCGUGUAUGAAGACGACGUCGUCCUCCUGGUCACCAUGCUCGGAGGAGACUACGGCACUUCUUACCUGAUGGCCAUGGACGGUCGAGAUCUCUCUCCUUUGGCGGAGGCGCGGUCGCCGUUCCCACUGCCUUUCGGCUCCCACGGAUGCUGGCAGGGAACUGACAAGAGCCGAGGCUGCGUUGGGGAGACCACCGCAGACCCCUUUGGAAAGCCAGCGCAAUUCAAGAAGCGAGCCCUUCAAGUGCUGGUGUGA